CAGCCUCGAACUUGUGGUUUUCUCGUCAGCUUUUUCAAAGCCCAUUCCGACAUUUGAACAGGUCUAGACGGAACAUAUUCCCGUCCCGUCUGCUCCAUUCCUUAAUCCCGCAGACAGAACGCAAAGGCGAAGCGAAACAAACCCACCUUCCCCUUCCUCCUCUUCGUCUCCGUCGGCGGCAGCUGACCCGGGCCGGAAGUCCUAACCCUAGCCAAGGCGUAGAUGGUGUUGUACGCGCUGUUGGUGGGUGCGGAGCUGGACGGCCUCACCAACCUGCAGCCCCGCCGCGGCUGCGACGACCCCAACUUCCCCUACUACCUCAAGCUGCGGUGCGAGAACUGCGGGGAGACCACCGCCAAGGCCACCUACGUCACCCUCAGCGAGGCCGUCGACCAGCCCAAGGGACGCGGCACCGCCAACCUCGUCCAGAAGCUUAAUUUUGUUUUGUAGGUAAACUACAAGUCUGGUGGGAGAUAAUUGGGUGCUAGAUAGUUGAUACACUCAACACAUGUCUGAAAAUCAAAGGAUGUUCACAUAUAUUAGCAAUGAUGGAUCGGAAUAUGACAAAAUCACUUUUGAUGAUAAUAGCAAAGGAAAGGUAAAAGGAUUAGGUAAUAAAGGCUUGAGAAGAGCUAUCAAGAAUAUAUCAAUAUGUGACAUCAAGACAAAAGAAGAAGGUGAACAAGAAGAUGAUCCAUCUACCUUAAUUCGGGCUAUUCCAUCUACUUCCACUACAAAUGAUCAAGUUCAAGCUCAUAAUUUGGAAGAUGAGGAAGAUCAAUCACAACGAGCUAUCACUUCAUCAACUCCAUCACAAGAGCCGGUAGUUCAUCCAAAAGUUCACCAUGCCAUUGUCAAGGAUCACCUUGUUGAUAAAUUGUUGGUGACAUUAGUAUGAGCAUUCAAAUUUGUUCUCGUGUUCCUUUAUUUUGUGAAUAUUUUUCUUUUGUAUCUUAUAUUGAGUCUAACUGUAUAGAAGAAUCACUAAAUGAUCCAGAUUGGGUAAAUACAAUGCAUGA